CUGAAUCGUCUAAAUUAUGAACUUGCAGUACUUAUCUGUACGUUAUCGAUAUUGGUUUUUACAUCAUCCAGCCUUGAUUCCUUUAUAUUUGAAAGAAUGUUCUUUUUUUUCUAUUAAAAAGAUAUCCUCUUUAUCUAUUUGUACUUUGAAAUCAUUUCCACGACUUAAAUAUCAUAUAUGUUCGGGGAAAGGUUAUUUUACGAAAAAUUGCUCUAUAUGGGGAUCAGGAUUUACUUGGAUAGUAGUAGGUGGUGUAUUUAUAUACCUGAAUCAAAAUAAAAAAAAUGCUAUUCAAUGUCAAGCUUGCACAGAACAAGAUGCAACUGUUGAUAAAUCAGAUAUUGAUGAAGAUUCUAUUUUUUUUCGUAUGCAUGAGUUUUCUAGUGCAAAACAAAUCGAAAUUGUUAAAGUUUUAGAGACAUUAGAAAGUAAAAAAUUUUCAUGUGAUGUUUGGAAAAAAGAUGGAAUAGUUGGAAAAAGCUGUGUUCUUCAAAAUGGUGAUGUAUUUGAAAAAGCAGGUGUUAAUAUAUCAAAAGUGCAAAAAAUGUUACAUCCUAGUGCUAUAGAGAAAAUACGAAAGAAUCACCAAUGUUUAAAGGAUGUAGAAAAUAUAACGAAAUUUUCUAUAUGUGGAUUAUCAUUGAUUUUACAUCCCCAUAAUCCAAUGGCACCAAGUGUUCAUAUGAAUUAUCGUUAUAUUGAAGUUGAUAAUAUGAAUGGUUCUCCAAAAAUUUGGUGGUUUGGAGGAGGAUCAGAUCUUUCACCUGCUUAUCUUUUUGAUGAAGAUGCGAUUUACUUUCAUCGUACUUAUAAGACAGUUUGUGAUCAUUAUGAUAAGCAAUAUUAUCCGAAAUUUAAAAAAUGGUGUGAUGAAUAUUUUUUUAUUAAGCACCGUAAAGAAUGUAGAGGAAUAGGUGGUAUUUUUUUUGAUGAUCUAGAUGAUAAAGAUCCAGAAGAGAUUUUUUCUUUCGUCAAAGACUGUCUUAAUGCCUUUCUACCUUCUUAUAUUCCAGUUAUUUUGCGAAGAAAGGAUAUGCAUUUUACACCUGAUGAAAAACUAUUUCAGCAGAUAAGACGUGGGAGAUAUGUUGAAUUUAAUUUGAUGUACGAUAGAGGCACUUUAUUCGGGCUUAAUAUCCCGGAAUCUCGUGUUGAAUCAAUUCUUAUUUCGCUGCCUUUGACAUCAUCUUGGAUAUAUCAGUAUGAUUUGAAAGACCCUCGUGAAAAGCAACUAACGGAAGUCCUUAAAAAUCCAAAAGAAUGGGUAUGAUUAUAAUAUAGUAGAAACAGUUCAUACAUAAUUAUGUGACUUAUUAAAUUUAAAUUGUACAUUAGAUUUUUUUAUCUACAAUAUUUGUCCGCAAGA